GGGAUUCCACGCGCGGUGACGUCCCGCGGGCCCCGCCCGGGCGCUAUAAAAGCGGCGGCGCCGCAGCGGAGCCGGAGCCGGCCCGGAGCGAGCGGAGCCGAGCGGAGCCAUGGCCGCGGGGCCGCCCGGCAGCCUCGUCCCGCUGCUGCUGCUGCUGGGGCCGGCGCUGGGGCCGGCGCUCGGGCAGGGGCUGGGGCAGACGCGCUUCGUCUGCACCUCGGUGCCGCUGGACGGGGACGUGUGCGCGGCCUCGGCGCUGGGCACCGGCUCGGCCGAGGAGCUGAAGGGCACCGUGCUGCAGCUGCGGGAGACGGUGCUGCAGCAGAAGGAGACGAUCAUGAACCAGAAGGAGACGAUCCGCGAGCUCACGGCCAAGCUGGGCCGCUGCGAGAGCCAGAGCGUGCUGGAGCCCGGCGAGGCCAAGGGCAGGAAAGGCUUCGCCAAGAACACCAUGGGCGACCUGUCGCGACCGCCCGCCGCCGAGACCCUCAGCCAGCUGGGGCAGACGCUGCAGUCCCUGAAAACCCGGCUGGAGAACCUGGAGCAGUUCAGCAGGAUGAACUCCUCCAGCCAGACCAACAACCUGAAGGACAUCCUGCAAAAUAAGAUCGACGACCUGGAGAAGCAGGUGCUGUCGCGGGUGAACAGCCUGGAGGAGGGCAAGCUCAGCCCCCGCAACGAGUCUGAGGAGCGCGGCAAGAUCGAGAGCACCCUCACCUCGCUGCACCAGCGCAUCAGCGACCUGGAGAAAGGCCAGAAGGACAACCGGCCCCCGGACAGGUUCCAGCUCACCUUCCCCCUGCGCACCAACUACAUGUACGCCAAGGUGAAGAAGAGCCUGCCCGAGAUGUAUGCCUUCAGCAUCUGCAUGUGGAUCAAGUCCAACGCCUCCCCUGGCAUGGGCACCCCCUUCUCCUACGCUGUGCCCGGGCAGGCGAACGAGCUGGUGCUCAUCGAGUGGGGCAACAACCCCAUGGAGAUCCUCAUCAAUGACAAGGUGGCCAAACUGCCCUUUGUCAUCAACGACGGCAAGUGGCACCACAUCUGUGUCACCUGGACCACGAGGGACGGCGUGUGGGAAGCCUACCAGGAUGGCACGCAGACGGGCAACGGCGAGAACCUGGCCCCCUACCACCCCAUCAAGCCCCAGGGGGUCCUGGUGCUAGGCCAGGAGCAGGACACGCUGGGCGGAGGGUUCGACGCCACGCAGGCCUUCGUGGGGGAGCUGGCCCACUUCAACGUGUGGGACCGCAAGCUGAGCCCCGGCGAGGUGUACGGGCUGGCCACCUGCAGCUCCAAGGCGCUGGCGGGGAACGUCAUCGCCUGGGCCGAGUCCAACAUCGACAUCUACGGCGGGGCCACCAAGUGGACUUUCGAGGCCUGUCGCCAGCUCAACUAGAGCCACGGACAAGCGAGAGAAACCUCCUCAGCGGGUUCUUUUAUUUAUUUUUUUUUCCUCCUUUUUUUUUUUUGCGCAAAAAAACCAACCGAGAAACGAAAGCCACCCGUCUCGUCCCGGGCGCGGGGAUGCCCCGGCAGUGGGGCGCCCGCCCCCGGAGCCCCACGACCCUCCGGUUUCUGUCUUGCCAACGUCCUUCAACGCCUGCGUGCCUUGGCCUGGCGCGGCUGCGCCCCCCCCCCCCCCCCCCCCCCGCGCCCAGCCCCCGC